AUGAGCUCGUCAGAAAAGUCCAACCCCACGCCUGCGUUGUACGAUAACAAUACGAGUUCUGAGGCAACAGUCCUGGUCAAGCUGGGUAAACGCCGUCUCUCCGGAGAGGAGGCAGUGGCCAACGACCAUCCGCAGCACAAGAAGGGAAAGACGAUGACGGACAGUAACGGCACCAACGGUGCUGCCGCCAAGAUGGACGUAGACAGUCCUACGCCGGCUGUUGAGCAGCUCAAGCAGGCUCAGCAGGGCGACGGAAACGGCGAGAUCGACGAGAGCUUGUACAGUCGGCAGCUGUAUGUGUUGGGCCAUGAGGCGAUGAAGAGGAUGGGAAGCUCGCACGUGCUUGUGGUUGGUAUGAGGGGGUUGGGUGUGGAGAUUGCGAAGAACAUUGCCUUGGCCGGCGUGAAGAGCUUGACAGUAUGGGACCCCAAGAAGGCGAGGAUUGAGGAUCUGAGCUCGCAGUUCUUCCUGCAUCCGAGUGAUGUUGGCAAGCCGAGGGCCGAAGUCACGGCGCCGAGAGUGUCAGAGCUCAAUCCAUACACACCUGUCAGCGUUCAUCCAGGCAACAGCCUUACCGACGACCUCAGCCAGCUCAAGAAGUACCAGGCUGUCGUUCUCACGGAUACGACGUUGAAGGAUCAGAUCAAGAUUGCGGACUACUGCCAUCAGCAUGGCGUUUACGUGGUCGUCACAGACAUCUAUGGCUUGUUCGGCACAAUCUUCACAGACUUCGGCAAGAACUUCACUUGCGGCGACCCUACUGGCGAGAACCCGGUGAAUGGUAUUGUUGCUGGUAUUGAUGACGAGGGUGUGGUGUCUACAUUGGAAGAGACAAGGCAUGGACUGGAGGAUGGCGACUUCGUGAGCUUCACCGAGGUGGAAGGAAUGGAGAAGCUGAACGAUGGUACACCACACAAGAUCAAGACGUUGGGUCCCUACACAUUCUCGAUUGGCGACGUGUCAGGGUUUGGGAACUACAAGCGUGGUGGGUUGUACACUCAGGUCAAGAUGCCGAAGAUCAUGGACUUUGAGACCUUCAGUGAGCAGCUUAAGAAGCCAGAGCUGUUGAUCUCGGACUUUGCCAAAUUUGAUCGUCCUGCACAGCUGCACGUCGGCGUCCAGGCACUCCACGCUUUUGCCGAGAAGAAUGGCGGAGAGUUCCCUCGUCCCAUGAACGAGUCAGAUGCAGCGGAAGUGCUGGAGACUGCACACGCGAUCGCAAGUGCAUUGGACGACAAGCCGGAGCUGGAAGAAAAGAUUAUCAAGGAGUUGUCUUACCAGGCGCGAGGUGACCUCUCGCCUAUGGCUGCAUUCUAUGGCGGUCUGGCAGCGCAGGAGGUGCUCAAGUCUGUGUCUGGCAAGUUCCACCCUAUCAAGCAGUGGCUGUACUUCGACUCACUUGAGUCCCUACCAUCGGGGUCUGUCCGCAACGAGCAGGAGUGCAAGCCUGCUGGUUCACGAUACGACGGUAACAUUGCUGUGUACGGCAAGUCAUUCCACGACAAGAUUGCCAAUGUCAAGCAAUUUCUGGUCGGUGCUGGUGCCAUCGGGUGCGAGAUGCUCAAGAAUUGGGCGAUGAUCGGACUUGGAAGUGGCCCGAAGGGUAGUAUAACUGUGACCGAUAUGGAUCAGAUCGAGCGCAGUAACCUCAACCGGCAGUUCUUGUUCAGGCCGAAAGAUGUCGGUCAGCUCAAGAGUGAGUGUGCAGCUCGUGCUGUGCAAGAGAUGAAUCCAGAUCUCAAGGGCAAGAUCACCGCGUUGAAGGACCGUGUGGCACAAGACACUGAGCAUGUCUUCAACGAGGACUUCUGGAACAGCAUGGAUGGCAUCACGAACGCUCUGGACAACGUCGACGCGCGCACAUACGUUGAUCGGCGUUGUGUUUUCUUCCAUAAGCCUCUGCUUGACAGCGGUACCCUCGGCACGAAGGGCAACACUCAAGUCGUGCUGCCACGCAUGACUGAGUCGUACUCCAGCUCACAAGAUCCCCCUGAGCAGUCCUUCCCAAUGUGUACACUGCGAUCAUUCCCGAACAACAUCAAUCACACCAUCGCAUGGGCGAAGGACCUCUUCCACACCUACUUCGCUGGCCCCGCUGAGAUCGUCAAUGCCUACCUCACACAGAAGGACUACCUCAGCACUGCGCUCAAGUCAUCAGGAAAUGAGAAGCAGACACUAGAGACACUAAAGGAGUAUCUGCAGACGGACAAGCCAGAGAGCUUCGAUGACUGCAUCGAGUGGGCUCGCACGCAAUUCGAGAAGCAGUACAAUAACGCGAUUGCACAGUUGCUUUACAACUUUCCCAAGGACUCCAAGACCUCGUCUGGUCAGCCAUUCUGGUCGGGCCCGAAGCGCGCACCAGAUCCUCUCAAGUUUGACCCCAACAACGAGACUCACUACACCUUUAUUCUUGCUGGUGCCAAUCUUCACGCUUUCAACUACCACAUGAAAUCAUCAUCAGACAAACAGCAUAUACUGUCGGUACUUGACCACAUGAUCGUUCCUGAGUUCAAGCCUGAUCCGGGCGUCAAGAUCCAAGCUGACGAGAAGGAGCCUGAUCCCAACGCUGGCGCGGAUGCUAUGGACGACAACGAUGCGGUCGAGACCAUUGCCAGGGGUCUGCCGCAGCCGAAGACCUUUGGCGACUUCAAACUUGAGGCGGUCGACUUCGAGAAGGACGACGACACAAAUUUCCACAUCGACUUCAUCACUGCAGCCUCCAAUCUGCGUGCGGAGAAUUACAAGAUUCCGACAGCCGACCGCCACAAGACCAAGUUCAUCGCCGGUAAGAUUAUCCCAGCCAUCGCCACUACGACGGCCCUUGUCACUGGUUUGGUCAUCCUUGAGUUGUACAAGAUCAUCGACGGCAAGACGGACAUCGAACAGUACAAGAACGGUUUCGUCAACCUGGCCCUACCCUUCUUCGGCUUCAGCGAGCCCAUCGCUAGUCCGAAGGGUACAUACCAGGCGCCCAAUGGCGAAGUCACAAUCGACAAACUGUGGGACCGCUUCGAGAGCGAGGAUGUCACACUCCAGCAGUUCUUGGAAGAUUUCAAAGAGAAGGGGCUGAGCGUGACCAUGAUCUCUUCGGGAGUGAGCUUGCUUUAUGCCAGCUUCUAUCCUGCGAGCAAGAACAAGGAUCGCCUUCCCAUGAAGAUGUCAAAACUUGUCGAGCACAUUAGCAAGAAGCCGAUACCCGAUCACCAGAAGAACGUGAUCUUUGAGAUCACUGCCGAAGAUGUCGCUGAGGAGGAUGUCGAGAUUCCUUAUGUCAUGGUCAAGUUGCAAAAGUAG